UUAAUACUCGACACAUAAUAGUUUGAUGAAAGUGAAAUUUAUCACUUUUGUUUCCUUUAUUCAUACACAGAUCCCAAGGUGGGUGAAUAAAAUGUCUACAUAUCGAAGUUGUUAUUUUGCUGUAAGACUGUUCAGUUGUUGUUGAGUUGUUGUAGGUACACUGUUUUAAAACAUUAUGCGUGUUUGAAUUGUAACAUUGUAAUGCUAUAAUAUUUCAUGGCACACUUUUAAACGGCUUUUAGAUGUCGUUACAGGAUAACUUUUAAUAGGCAAUACUUAUGACAUUACGUAUGUCACGCAAUGGGCGGUCGAUAUUUUUGAUAUUAUCGGCCUAGCGUGAUUCAGUAUGUUUAUUGCCCAACUGUGCAUCAUAUCAGUGGUUACGGAGACGGUUGAAAAAUGUGUAAAAUAAAAAUAUGAGGGUUCACCCUGAAGGAUCGAAGCGAAAGAAUGGAUUUGUGGACGAUGAUGGCAAGUCCUCGGACGGUGGACCUUUGUCAUUGCUGGCCACCAGCCUUCGCCAUCAAACGACUGAGUUCUUUAACAACUCCACGCUGCACGGUGUGCGUUACAUUGCUGAAAAGGAACGACCGUUCUGUGAAAAGUUUAUGUGGUUUAGCUUUACGGCUGUAGGUGCUGUGACCACUUGCAUCAUCAUUGUUAGUUUGUGGGAAAAAUUUCAGACCAAUCCAACAAUUACAGGUUUGGAUACGGAUUUCCACAAUUGGGACGUGCCGUUUCCAGCUGUCACAUUGUGCGAUGUAAAUCCCGUUGAUGAUGAACUUCUCCAAGAAUACAUAGAAUCCGUUUAUGGUUCUGAAGUGCCUGAGGAUAUUGAGGCAAUGCUCCGAUGGCUCGCCACGCUGAGCUAUCAGUCCAUUGCCGAUCCUAGCGGGGUCUUUUUAAAAAAUGACAAGCUGAUGGGCAAGAACGAUAAGGAACCUCCUGCGCCUAUAACAGAUCCGAAGGAUGCCGUUUUUAAAAUCGUACGUCGCUGCGAUUCGCUAUUCUAUGACUGCGAGUGGAAAGGAGACUCGGAGGAAUGCUGUGAUCUGCUUGUGCCGGUGUUUACCGAGAUGGGAUUUUGCUAUGCUUUCAACUCUAGGCACGCUGAAAAAACAUGGCCGUGGCAAACUCAACCGCAACCGGAUCAAUUCGCAGAAGCGUUUAUACACGAGACAGAUGCAAAAUGGUCGUUUCUAUUUAAUUCUUAUCGUAACGACACUACAAUUGACGUCUACAUACAUUCCACGGAAGAAGCGGCCGGCUUAGAGCAAAGCGCUCAACACUCGUGGGACCGGCGAGUGGAAAAAGUGUCAUUUUCCGUGAAACACACGUACACUACAGAAGACGCCCGGCAGUUGUCUAUACGCCAGCGCCGCUGUAUCUUCGCAGAUGAGCAGAAACUAGAAACCUCCAACAUUUAUACGUAUUCCACUUGUAUGAGGCAGUGCCGUAUGCAGAGGAGUCGAGCUUUUUGCAAAUGUGUGCCGCACUUUUAUCCGACCACAAAGGGCUACAGAUUUUGUACAGUUCCCGAACUAAAGUGCAUAGCGGAUAACGUAGACGCGAUCACGGACGUGACGCGUUGCUCGUGUGAGCUGGGCUGCAAACACACAGUUUAUGAAGUGGAGAAGCUUACUGAAAUUGACUCCAUGAAAGCAUCAGGCUCGACAAGUUCACUGGAAACAGAGUUCGUGUCGUGGCCAAUGGUGCGGUACAAACGCGAGGUGCUCUUUGGUUGGGUUGACUUGUUAGGUAAGCAUUACGUCGUUCAUUGACUUUUUUCGUACUGUUUUUCUUGUUGUAUUUUUCAUUAUGCAAUGUUUGACCCGUCUCCGUAAUAUACGAAUGUCC